AUGAAUCAAAUACCACCACCAGAAUUAGCCAAUACAAUGCCUCCGGCGGCUGGGGCAACAGCUGGCAAGCCUAGAGAUCCCUCAUGGCCCGGACCACGGCGAAGGCCUCGUGUUCCCCAAUUUUACGGAAUCGUGCACUGCAUGAAACGAUCGCUGGGCGUAAUGCUUGACCUCGGUGGUAUCGUCAUGUGUAUCAUGUACGCGGCCAAAUACCCUCCGAGAGUUGCAUCUGGGAUUGUGCCGACGAUUGGGGCCUUUCUUGCUUUGGGAAUCGAUCUUGCCGAGGUUAUAGGGACAGCGAACGGGUCCAGACGAAUUCCAAGAGCGCACCCAGGCCUUACUUUUUUCCUCGACUUUGUCGCCAUGAUAUUGUUUUUAGUUGGCUUUCUCAUGCUGUUUCUCUCCGAUUUCAACGAGUCGUCGAGGCCACGACCAUGGCUGGAUGCAGUGCCAGAAAUGUUGAUUAUUGAAUGCCUUAGUUUCUCGAUACGAAUCAUCUUUUUGAUUUGGGCCUGCAUAGAUUGCUGUGUACGGAAAUCUAAUAGGAAGAAGCGAGUGAUAUACGUCCCCGUGGUGUUUCCUGCCAAUGCUUCAGGACCAGGGAUCCCGCCGCCAGUGUACGGCUUGCCUGCCGGCUACGCCGUAGCAGGGACAGAGCUCCCCAAGUACGAAACUACUUCCGACAGGAAUCAGGUUACUACCAGUUAG